UUCAGUCAUGACAUGAUGAAGAAGGAAAACAUUUUUAACCAACAAGUGUCCACCCCUAUGAGGCCGUUCUAUUUUUAGUAUCAGCUGUUGCAAUAUAAAGAUUUGCUACAUAGCGGAUUGCAUCGCGGUUAUGUGAGGCGCAUUCCGGUCACGAAGGUAAAAUGAUGGCAAUGAUUUGAGGUAACGGACAGAGAGAGGGAUGAGGAAUAUUUGUGCGUGAAGUGGUUGCUGGAGCGUUCUUUCACGGCAUCGUAUAUCAUAUAAUAUUGGUAUAGCCAGCCGCCUGUCGCCAUGGCAACCAGCAGCGCGGUGCCUAGCGACAACCUCCUCACGUACAAGCUGGUGGUGGUGGGGGAUGGUGGAGUGGGGAAGAGCGCGCUCACCAUCCAGUUUUUUCAGAAGAUCUUUGUGUCUGACUAUGACCCCACCAUCGAGGACUCCUACCUGAAACACACAGAGAUAGAUGGACAGUGGGCCAUCCUGGACGUGCUGGAUACAGCAGGCCAAGAGGAGUUCAGUGCUAUGAGGGAGCAGUACAUGAGGACGGGGGAUGGCUUCCUCAUCGUGUUCUCUGUGACAGACAAGGCCAGCUUUGAACAUGUGGACCGCUUCCACCAGCUCAUCCUCAGGGUCAAAGACAGGGAGGCCUUCCCCAUGGUGCUGGUGGCCAAUAAGGUGGACUUGGUUCACCUCCGCAAAAUCACCAGCGACCAGGGGCAGGAAAUGGCUGCCAAACACAAUAUCACGUACAUUGAGACAAGUGCCAAGGAUCCCCCUAUGAAUGUGGACAAGGCGUUUCAUGAACUAGUCAGGGUUAUAAGGCAGCAGAUUCCAGAGAGGAGCCUGAAGAAGAAGAAGAAGAUGAAGUGGCGAGGAGAACGAUCUACGGGUUCUCACAAAGUCCACUGUGUCAUCUUGUGAUGGUGUCGCCUCUGCUAGCAAUGAUAUUAGAGAGAACUGCGGACUGGCAGUAACCAACAACUGGAGGGGGAAUUGGGGGAGAUAAGGAACUGACUUUUGACUGUUACGGUGUCAAAGAAAAUCCCUCACUCCAAGGCAUGGCCAAGUGGGGUCUUACAGGGGCAUCAUUGUCUGCCCGCUUCCCCUAAUUGGUCAGAAAAAAGCACUCCCGGAAGAGCUCCUUAUGAACUGAUUUCCAGACAGUGCAGUGAUGAUGCUCUCCAUGGAAGUGGAGGUGGACAUCAAGGUAUUCUCCUGGGUGGGGAGAUGUGACGUUAGAUGUUGUUAGGGACCUAUGAUCUGAGUGUUUUGUGUUGUGGUUGUAAGUUCUCCAUGGUGUUGAAUGUUAAAUUCUGAAAUGAUAAAGAGGACGAUUAUGAAGUAUAUUCUAUCUGCACUAGCCACAGGCAUAAGAGGAUUUGGCUUUGGGGACCUGAAGAGAAGUGGGAGGAUGUGGCUGUUAGUACAGUGCCUUGCGAAAGUAUUCGGCCCCCUUGAACUUUGUGACCUUUUGCCACAUUUCAGGCUUCAAACAUAAACAUAUAAAACUAUUUUUUUGUGAAGAAUCAACAAGUGGGACACAAUCAUGAAGUGGAACGACAUUUA